AACAACUAAUAUUGCAAAUAUAAAUAUAAUACAUAUCUCGAAUUUCAGAAGAAGAACAUGUAGAAAAACCAAAGCGAGAUACACUAUCAGCAGCUAAAAAUACAGAAUGUGGUAUAUCAAUGAUAGGCAGACCGGAAACACGCAUAGUUGGUGGUAAAAACGCCCCUUUUGGACGAUGGCCUUGGCAAGUAUCAGUUCGAAGAACAUCGUUCUUCGGAUUUUCAAGUACACAUCGCUGUGGUGGCGCGAUUAUCAACGAAAAUUGGAUUGCAACCGCAGGGCACUGCGUAGAUGAUUUACUGACAUCACAAAUUAGAAUCCGUGUGGGUGAAUAUGAUUUCUCACAUAUUCAAGAAGAAUUUCCAUACGUUGAACGAGCUGUUGCUCGAAAAGUUGUACAUCCUAAAUACAAUUUUUUCACAUAUGAAUUUGAUCUGGCACUGGUUCAAUUGGAUUCUUCUCUUGAAUUUGCACCACAUAUUGCGCCAAUUUGUUUGCCAGCAACAGAUGACCUACUUAUUGGUCGAAAUGCCACAGUAACUGGUUGGGGGCGUUUAUCAGAGGGAGGUACAUUACCAAGUGUGCUACAAGAGGUUCAAGUUCCAAUCGUUAGCAAUGAUCGAUGUAAAAUGAUGUUUUUGCGAGCUGGCCGACAUGAGUUUAUUCCUGAAAUAUUUUUAUGCGCUGGUCAUGAUUCUGGGGGUCAUGAUUCUUGUCAG